AUGUCACCGUCUGCAUUCGACUUCGUCGUCGUGGGAGGCGGCCCAGCCGGUAGCGCCGUCGCAGCCGGCCUUGCUAACGCCGCUAAGAAGCCCAGCGUCCUCCUCCUCGAGGCAGGGGGCACGAACGAGGACCGCAACCUGAGAGUCGAUGGCCAGCGAUGGACCACUUUUCUCAAUAAGGACAUGAACUGGGGCUACAAGACCGUUCCCCAGGAAUUCGCUGAUAAUCGCAAGCUGGACUAUUCGCGGGGCAAAGGACUCGGCGGUUCCAGUGCUAUUAACUUUGGUGUUUUCAGUGUUGGCGCGCGAGAUGAUUAUGAAGAGUGGGCGCGCAUCGUUGGCGAUGACACAUUUCGCUGGGACAAGAUCCAGAAACGCUUCAAAGACCUAGAAACUUUCCAUGGCUCGCUUCCUCAAGGCGUCGAUGCCAAGUAUGCCGCACCCAAAGCUGAGGACCACGGCUCCUCUGGGAAGCUCCACGUCGGAUAUGCCAGCGAGUGGGAGAAGGAUCUUCCUCCAGUGCUGGACCUCUUUGAAGAUGCUGGAUUUCCGCUAAAUCCUGAUCACAACUCUGGAAACCCGCUGGGCAUGUCGGUUCUCAUCAACUCGAGCUGCAAGGGACGACGUUCUACAGCUAACGAUCUUUUGACGCCAAAACCGGAGAAUUUGACUAUCAUGACGGAUUCUUCUGUACAGAGGGUUGUGCUGGAUGGUAAUAAGGCUAUUGGUGUGGAGGUCAAUGGCAAGCAAUACCUUGCUUCAAAAGAAGUAAUCCUCUCAGCAGGAGCUCUCAAUACUCCCAGCAUUCUUAUGCACUCUGGCAUCGGUCCCAAGGGCCAACUCGACAAAUUCAACAUCCCCGUUAUCAAAGACGCCCCGCGAGUUGGCCAAGGUCUUCGUGACCACAUGUUCACACCUCUUGUCUACAUCCGCAAGGAAGGCGACACAGCACGCGCCCCCUUCUACGGUGACCAAAAGGUCAUGGACGAAGCCCUCCAGCAAUGGCGUCGCGACGGCACGGGCCCGUGGACGAAGUUUGCCUGCGAAUUGGGUAUUGGCUGGUUCAAACUCGACAAGCUUGCCCAGUCUGAAGAGUUCAAGGCUCUUCCUGCUGAGCAGCAGAGCUUCUUGAUGAAGGAGACUGUGCCGCAUUAUGAGAUCCUGACGCACUUCCCGAUCCACUGGUUCAUACCUCAGUUUCCUGAUUGCAACCUGAACUACUCCUGCCUUCUUGUAUUCUACUACAACGCACAGAGCCAGGGAGAAGUAACACUGCAAUCAUCCGAUCCCAACGUCCCGCUCAAAUUCGACCCUAAAUUCCUCGCCUCGCCCUUCGACCGCCGCGUGGCGAUAGAUUCUCUGCGCGACGCCCACCGUCUCAUCAAACACGAGGGCUACGCCAAAGAUAACGUCGACAUGAUGGUCGGACCCAAGGGGGAUUCGGAUGAGGAGCUGCUUUCGCACUGGCGAUCGACUAUCUCGUCAAGCUGGCAUAUGACCGGCACUACAAAGAUGGGCAAGAAGGGGGAUGCCGAUGCUGUUGUGGACAGCGAUUUCAAGGUCAUUGGGUUUGAGAACCUGCGGAUUGCUGAUAUGGGUGUUGUCCCUGUUUUGGCUAGUUGUCAUAUUCAGUCUGUGGCUUAUGUGACUGGCAUGACAGCUGCUGAGAAGCUUGUUGCUGAGUAUGACCUUGCGUAA